UCUAAAUGCCCAAAUCCCUAAACCUAAAAAUCGUCCCAAAAUCCGUUUGCAAAAUUUCAAAUGGAAAUCAUGAAGUACUAUGGAUUGUAGUGCCAUCGCCCAUCGUAGAUUCGUAGCACAGCGUUCCCUGCCGGCGGCGCUCUCUCUAUUUCCGUCUGAAACAAGGUCGAAGUGGCGAUUCAGUCGCGGGAUUAAUUUCAUGCACUUACCGUUUCACGCUUGAAGAAGACCACAAGUUGUAUAUAAUUGUAUUCGUUUUGUUUUCCAGCAAUUAUAAAGUUUGCAGAUACAAUUGAUGCACAAUAUUUGGUAGGAAUGCUUUACUUGUUAUUGUAGGCAUGGCCGUAGAAGAUGAGUUAGUGGGUAUGCUCAGGCAAUCUGAGAAGAAGUCUAGAAAGUUGAAGAACAUUAAAGAGAAGAAUACAAAGAAUAAGAACGCUGAGGGCCAUGAAAGCGAUAAUGCACGUCCAACUAUGACUAAGAUGCUAGAAAAUGCUAUCGAGAAGGAAAAGAUGGUUGCAAAACUCUCUGAUGAGUGCAAUGAAGAUAGUAUUGAGAUGGCCAGAAUGAAGAAGAGAAAGAGGAAGAAAGAAAAGAAGAAUAAUGAUGUUGGUGCUGGAUCAUUAGAUAUUGAGACAGAAAGUCAUGGAGGUACUGAAGGUGUUGCUUAUCCAAGUGUAAAGAAAACAAUUGAUGAUGGGACAGGAAAUGAGAAUAUUAGCAGUAAAAUGCACUCCGCUGAUGAAUUGGGGGGUUUUCGUGUUUCUAAUGUUCUUGAAAAAGGGAAUGAAGAAAUUAAGGAAGUGGAAUUAAUUCGAGGUAAGUUUUUCUCUAAAGAAGAAGAUGAGAUCAUCAAAGAAGCUGUUCAUAGAUACAUAGAGGCACAUGAUUUGGGUGAUGAAGGUUUGAAUAUGGUUCUAAAUUCUAAAUCCGUCCCAAAUGUGAGAGGCUGUUGGAAGGAAAUAGCGGCUGCCCUUCCUGAAAGGCCUUAUCUUUCAGUAUACUUUCGUGGCCAAAAGCUGUUUCGAAAAAGUGAUAUCCCUUGGACUAAGGAAGACUACGAAUUUGUACUGAAGUAUCAAGAAAAACAUGGGAAUCGGUGGUCAGAUAUGGCUGAGGAACUUGGCAAAUUCAGAGUUCAUAUCCUUAAUGCAUGGCUCAGAAUUAAGUUGCCCAAUAGGAAGAAGGGACGGUGGUCUCAAGAUGAGUACCAAACUUUAUUUGAUUUAGUGAAUACUGAUCUGCAAUUGAAGAUUUCUGAAGAGAAGAAAUCCAAGCAUGGUAUGUUGCGAGACAAUAUUUGUUGGAUGGCAAUUAGUGAAAAAUUGGGCACACGAAAUAAUACAUCAUGUUGUAUGAAAUGGUACUACCAGUUAACGUCACCUAUGGUGGGUGAAGGUAAAUGGACCGAUGCUGAUGAUUAUCGCCUAAUAGGUGCACUAUAUGACUUGGAUGCAAGCAGCAUAGAAAAUGUAGAUUGGGACAAUCUUCUUGACCACAGGCUUGGCGAAGUAUCUCUGCAGCGUUGGAAGCAAAUGGUUCGUCACAUAGGAAACCAUGAAAACAAAUCAUUUGCUGAACAAGUUGAAAUUCUGGCACAAAGAUACUGCCCAUACUUACUUGAAGCAAGGGAGGCAUGGGAUAGUAAGCCUUUUGUGCCGUGAAUCCGUGGAUGAUCUGUCGUCUUUUCACUGCAAAAAGUCUUCAAGGUAAGAUACAUGUAUGUCUGUGUGUGUGUAAAAUCCAACGAAUCUAAAGCAAAUUGCACUUUGUAGUAUGGCAAAUUGCACUUUAAAAUUAGAGAUAAUUAUCAGAAUACUACUGCAUUUUUUUCAAUUUUCCCUUACAGCUGUUAUAUCUGUCAUGAAAGAUGACUAUGAUUGGUUCUUAGUUUUCUCUUGAAAAUAA